UUAUAAAAUAAUAAAAAAAAAUUCAUUCCAAUUUCAUACCGAAGCAACCGCGAAAAUCGAACUCUCAAUCUCUCUCUCUCUGGCAUUGGGAGAAUCACCAUAAUAAUCUGCAAGGAGAACAAGGGCAUAGCCUAUAAUUCUAUUUUAGGGUUCCGAAUUCAACUCCAUUUUUCCCAUUUCAAAGUUUCCCUUUCCCUCAUUUGAUUUCGAUUUGCAUUUGGGAAGAAUCGUUGAAUUUUGAAGCUCAACUUUGAAUUUUUUUUUUUUUGCGAUUUUUUUUUUUCGAAAAACCGAAUGUCCGCUGUUGUGGCUUGUAGGCGGGUCGGUCAAUUUGGGACCAACUCAGGGAUCGUUUUUGGUCGGAAUCGAGGAUUUGGUGCCCCUUUGGACUGCUAUUCCUUUGUUUCCAUUUCUGGGUCUAGGCAGAUUUCUCAGCUCGUCAAAUCUAACGGGAAGAGAUUGUUUCUUGUCGACACUUUAGCCCUUGUCAGAAGAUUGGAGGCACAGGGCGUGCCCUCAAAGCAAGCUGAGGCUAUAACAGCUGCCAUAACUGAAGUUUUGAACGACAGCUUGGAAAAUGUGUCUCAAUCGGUUGUCUCGAAGGCAGAGAUGCAGAAAAAUGAAAUGAUUCAAGACACCAGUUUGUCCAAAUUUAAAUCUGAAGUCCAGAGUUCGCAGGAACAUCAUUUCUCUUUGUUGCAACACGAGACUGAAAAACUUCGGAAUGAUAUCGAGAAGAUGCGCAGUGAAUUGAGGCAUGAAAUUGACAAAGUUACUGCUGGGCAGCGGUUGGAUUUGAAUCUUGAAAGAGGGAGGAUACGUGAUGAGUUGGCAGAUCAGAAUGCUGAAACCUCUAACCUCACCAACAAACUCGAUAGAGAAAUUCACGCAUUAAGGGCCCAAUUGGAAGCUGCAAAAUAUGAUGUGAUAAAGUACUGCAUAGGUACACUUGUUUCCAUAUCUGCUGUUGGUCUUGCUGUUGUUCGAAUCUUGAUGUAAACUACAGAAUUGCAAGUCAGUGGUUGCAUAAGCCGGAAAGAGAAAAGUAAUAGCUCUUUUUUUGAAGCUAUUAUUUUCAUGCAAAAUAUUAAAAAGGUGUAGAAGUUCAGAUGAUUUUUUUUUUCUUUUUUGCUGUUGUAUCUGUAUCAAAAAAACAAGAACAAGUUGAUUCAGAUAUAAAUGUUGUAUUCUACUUCAUUAAAAGGAUAUUUUGGAUAUGAAAGAGGUACCUUGAUUUUGAUUUUA